AGGCUGGCUAUUUUUGAGCAGGCGAGCAUAGGCAGGGGUGCUUCAGGGGGUACUUGAUGUGAACGCUUUUCUCACGUUAAGUGAUAUUGAUUUAUAAACCGCAAAGCUUUUUGUCGAGGAUUCGUUUCAAAUAAGCUUGGAAUAUUCCAGGAUUUGGUAUAAAUUUUCAGCCACUGCCAACAAAUUUUUAUUUUUAAAUUUUUAAAGAUUUAUUUUUAAGAUUUCAAAAUUUUUUAACGAUUUUGAGUUUUUGAUAAGAUUUCUUAGAUUUCAUGAUUUAUUUUAAAUAUUUUGAGAUUUCGGCAAUCAUUAAGAGAUUUUAAAGAUAUUUUUUUGGUAAUUUGUGAAAGGUGUACGAGAUUUUUAGGGAGUGAUCCAACUCUUGGAGAUGCCCAGGACAAGGUACCAAUAGAGACAGAGCUCGCUCUCUAAACGUAGAACCUCUGCUUUGAUGUUUUGUAAUGCAAGGGUUUGAUUCAGUUACGAACGAAAACUAAGCAGCUGCUGCCUAAAAUCUAUUUUCCCCUCCGUGGUUGCCUCUCUGUAGAAUCUGAUAGCUCAAAAGGGACUUACUGAAGGGUUGAUUCCUCAUCUUGUUGACUAAAAGUAAAAUUAAUGUUUUUGUUUUCGAGAAAUCUUAUUGUUUUGUAAAUAAAGACCCUGAUGAUGGCCUCAGUGUGGUUCUCUAAUUCUUAGAAUCCCUUUGUUUUCAUCCAAAAAUGUUCAUGGAUGAUUUGCAAGCAACUUUCCGUAUUACUUCAUGCGAGCAUAAAGGUAUUGUGCUCAUUGAAAACACCAUUAAGAAAAUAAUUCUUUCAGUAUGACCAUUACAGACAAAUUUAACUAGAAGUAAUCACUUUCGAUGCGAGUUCAUUCUGGUUUUCCCAAAGACUUUUAGCUAUAAAUUACGCCAUGACAAGUCAAAAUGAUAGAAAUCAGAAGAGCAAUCUCAAGUGGCAAAGACACUUUCCAGAAAGAGAUUGAUAACGAGAGAAAGCUGUUAAAAGGAAUAAAAUGAAGGGACUUGCUGUAGUGCUCCUGUUUGGACAUUGUUUCAUACUAUCGAAAGCCAUCAUUAGCAAUCAAAUAGAAGCAGCAAAUUUCUGGAACUCGCUUGAAACGUUGGAUAGCGAUGCAAAAAGCCUAACUGCAUACACAGAAGAUCUCGCCAGCAAAUUUAGACAUGAGAGAGGCGUGAGUUGGUUUUUUAAAAGAGCAGGGAAGUCGUGUGGUAAGAAUCUUAAGAAAGCAAUGGAGUCUCUUCAAAAACAUAUAAACAAAGUACAGUAUAUUCAAAUCAGAGAGGGUCAGCGUUCCCAAUUGACUGUUUUGAAAAGGCCACUGAAUUCAAUCGAUAAGGCAACAUCAGCAGUCACUCCGAAUAAAUUCAUGAAACUCGAAUUCGGACUACGAGACCUCGUUUCCGGGAUGCGGAAAUUGGCACAAUUUUAUCACAUUGAUGGACUUCCCAACUACUCAGUUGGACUAGGUCCUGGAACAACGAAAGCUAUUUUGAAGCAGAAAGUCAGCGAAAAUGAUCACAACCGAGCAACGUUUAAAGAGCUGAUCAAAAUAGAACAUUGUUUGAAGGUAUUCAGGAAUGACUUUACAAUUCCUAGAAUUGGAUAUGACCCUGUUAAAAACAGCUUUAAUGAUAACUCUGUUUAGGCCACUUCAGACUUUCAGAGCGUUAGAAAAUGAUAUUUGUUAAAAUAAUGUUAAAAUUACACAAAUUAUGCACAAAUCAAAGACGAAUCGUAUGCUGUUAUGUUUUCUACUUUUUGAAGUAAAUGUCUUUUGAUUUUGACAAAGUACCGAAAGACAUAAUGACCAAGUUAUGUUUCACUUCCAGUCUAUACAAAGGACCUUUUUUGAGAAACAGAAAAGAUCAAAUUGACCUAUACUAUACAAGACAGUAUGCUGCAACAUCUGACAAGGACAAUACAACUAACUGCGAAUGAUUACUGACUCACUACUUAUGUUUAACUUCUAAUGACAUUUUUUCAAUUUAUUUAAUAAGAUUUUCUUAUGUAAAAUUGGUAGAUGACAUAGUUGUAGGUUACGACGUAGUCCCUUGAAGGCCCUUAGUAUUUUCAUAGCAUGGACUGGUUUUAUUCUACAGAGUACCCAAGCAACAUUAUUAGGAACCCCAGAUGAUUAGAGUAUGUUUGUGUCAUAUAACAGUUUUAACAGUUGCCUGGUGACAUCAGAUUCGCGCCCUGACCUCAGGUCCGUGCCCUGACCUCAGGUCCGUGCCCUGACCUCACAUCCGCGCCGUGACCUCACAUCCGCGCCCUGUUAACUUUUUUUACAUUGCUGGCUCCUCUAGUUUAUGAUCAGUGGCGCGGGCCAUGCGUGAUACGCAGAGUAGCACCUCAGAACCGUUUUGUUCUAUACACCAAAAUCGUGUGUCAUAUAAUGUACAAACAAUUGCACAAUAAGAGCAAGUUCAUAAGAGCUAUCUUUGCAAAUAAUGUCUAAGUGGUUAUGGUUCAUGAUGUUGUUCAAGAGAUACUAAAUAAUUUUUCUGCAAAUUAAAUGAUUCAUAAAUUCUAAUUCAAAUAUUACAGUGCCCAAAAAUUCGUUAAAAGAUAACAUACCACACAUUGUAGUAAUGACCCUACUAUAAGAGGUAGAGCUACACCCACGCCCCCUACCCAACAGUAUUUGAACAAAGUUAAAAGUGAUACAUAAAAUAAUGCAGGGAUAUUUUAUUGGAAGAAAAAUUAAUACAGUAUUAACGCAACAAAUUGCACAGUUUCAAAUUCUGCAUUAUUUUCCACGAUCUUAACUUGGCAUGUCUUACAUUUUCACGAAUUCCAUUAGAAAACAUUCAGAACGUUGUUAGAAUAGAUUAACUUUGAAAGUAUUAUUUUAACAAAAGUCGUAUUUUGAAAGAAAUAAUUAAGUGUAUCAUUAUUAAAAUGUGUUAUUGAUUGGCAUCGAUUUAAUUUUUGCAAUGAUUCUUUUGCUUGCCUUCUAUUGGUGCUGUGUGUGGUCUACCAUUUUUUGGCUCAAGCUUUUGGUCCUGGGAGUGGUUUUAGCUGUGGCAAAAGUAAAAAAAACGAAUAUAGUGGAAUAGAUGCCAGGGAGUUUAUUCCAAAAUUUCACUCAAUACUCGGAUCUAUUUUAGACCGGGCGUUUAUAGAUCGACUGCACAAAAUAAAAGUCUGUUUAAUUCUUGAAAGAUGAAUUGCUGAAUUAGUAGUUGAAUAAUCUUUUUUUCCCGUUUGAAACGCCUAUACUGUUUUGCUUCACCUCUUUACCUUCACCUUGCGGCAAUUUCACCUUGAUGUUUUUUCAUUCAGGCGGCAAUCUUGAUUGCCAAUAGCGGCGCAAGUUCAGAUAUACGCAGCGCGUUGAUUCAAAACUAGAAAGUUUGCUCGGCGACUAUUUGAGAACGGUCCUUUUAUUCUAGGUCCAGCGUUAAUUGGAGCAAGCCCAUUCAAUUCCCUCCUAAUUUUGACAAGGGGGCCUAGUCCCCCUGAGCCUCCCCUCUACGGCACCACUGCUUAAUCUAUAGCACCCUUGCUUUGAAGUUCUAAGAAUUGUAGCCUCUGAUUCAAUAGGAGGUUUCUCCAAAAGGAUACACAUCAACAACAAGAUUGAAAUGUGGGAGAAGGCUUAGUGCCACAAAACACAUGUAUACGAAUAAAACCUAUCAUGGCAUUAUACCAAAACUGGGGAGGACAUAGUGUGAGGGAAGAAGGAAGCAUAUCUACAGAAAACGAGAUUGCAUUCUACAAUGAAAACCAAGUGGCAUUUGUUACCCACAGAGGAAUCACAUAUGGUUUUCUCAGUCUUUUGUAUAAUGCAGAUAAUGUCAAUGGUUGCACCACUUUGCUUGGAGUCAGACCAAGGGGUGAUCCAAUCAACAAAAUUAUUUCAGCUGAUAAUGCUGUUCUUGAUAAACCAGAAUAUGAUCUUAUCACAACAGAUCUGUUGCCACAAGCAUACACCCCUGGCACAAGUAUCAUGCCACUCUCUGGCAUAAAUACAAGGCAAAUUGCAAGUAUACAGAAUUUUUUAGGACAGUUCCCGACAAGCUUUAUGUUUCCACACCAAAAAACAUCCUCUCAAAUUCAACUGCCAAUGCUAUCAGUUAAUAGUCAAUCUAACAGGCAGUCUCAGCAGUUCCCAAAUACAAUUCAAAAUGGCAUUGGGAACCAACAGAUAGAGUCUUCAACAAAUGUAUGCCAAUCAGGUGUUUUGUCUACCAAUGAAGGUUCAUUGAUUACUGGUUUGUCACAAAUGCCUGUGUCAAUAGCAGAGCGACUUGAAGCAGCUGUUAAUUCAAGCUCAGUUAUAGAACAUGAAUGUGAAAAUGCCCAAGAAAAAGACUCAACCAACAUAUUGUUGCUGGCCAAUGAUGAAGCAAAAGUUAAAUCUACUACUACGAUAGAUAUCCAUGCCAAGCUUGGUAAUUCUCAUCAGCGAAAAAAGUUGCCAUCAAAAAAGACUGCCGACACAGAACCCAUGGAGUUUCCAUUUUCUUGUGACGUUUGCCUGAUUCCAUUUAAAUCUAACAGCAAACUACAGUCCCAUAAACGGAGACACACAGAUGACAAGCCCUAUCUUUGUAGCUAUUGUGGCGAAACCUUUGAGUGUCACACAGAUCUGGCCAAACAUCGAGAAGAAUUACAUCUUGGUUGUAAAACAUUUAAGUGCAAGCAGUGCAUAAAAUCCUUCUCGACAAGAAAAGAACUGUCUCAACACACAUGGAGACAUACAGGCAUAAAAAUGUACAAAUGUGGAAUCUGUGACAAAUAUUACACUUCUGCCGGGAACCUAGCAGCGCAUCAGCGGAGACAUAAGGGUAUUUGUUCCAUGAAAUGCUCUUUCUGUCCGGAGAUCUUUGGUCAUAAAUCUUCUCUUGAGAGGCAUAUUCGUGGCUCACACACGGGUGAACGCCCUUUUGUGUGUCAAUCUUGCAGCAAAUCGUUUCCUACAUCCAGCCAGCUUACGUCACACGCAAAGAAGCACUCGGAUGUCAGACCCUUUAAGUGCAGUGAAUGUGGAAUGUCCUUUCGCCAAAAACAUGUAUUGCAACGUCACCAAAAGGUGCAUGCAAACAACAAACCGUACAAAUGUCACGUGUGCAAAAGGUGCUUCCGCAAUGCUUUCAACCUUCAGUGUCACACGAGGACACACAUUGAUAAAUCAAGUCGGUGCAUCCCGUGCUCUCUUUGCAACAAGAAAGUUACCAUUGGGAGAGGCAUCAAGAGACACUUGAAGCUGUACCAUAGUGGAGAAUGUUUCAGUAAAGCUGAGGGAAAAAUCCUUACUAGAUCUUUACGAAAAGAAGGUAACAAAAUCGCAAAGGAGCAAGGGAUUGGUUCUGCGAAGGGUGAGAAGUAUAAUGAGCAUUGCGAAGUGGCCAGUACAAAUAAGGGGCGUCUAAAUGGAGGGAAAGAGCCAAAAAUGGGUUGUGACGUCACUAGUGGUGAGAAGAAUAGCCCUGAAACUGGACCAAAUAAAAUUGACAAAAGUCUUCUUAGUUGUGCGAAAUCAAGUCAGGAAAAGAAAGAUUCAGGCAAACAGAAAGAAAAAGCAUUCACAUGUAAUCUCUGCGGAAAAUCCUUUGAUAAAAACCAUUCCUUGACGCGUCAUCUGAAAAUUCACACCGACCAACGCCCAUACCAAUGUGAAAUUUGCUCCAAGACAUUUCGGGCUUCUUUCAAUCUAGACUAUCACAAACGAACACACAUCGGUAAGGCAGAUCGUUGUGUUGCUUGUCCCUUUUGUAAAAAGAAAGUUGUGAUUGGGCGAGGAGCCAGAAGGCAUUUAAGAUUGUAUCAUGGCAUUAAUUGUUCUAAUGAGGAUGCUGCAAAGAGCGUUAUGAAGAGGACUGCAUCAAGGAAUGAGCUUACAGAUCCAGUUCAUCAAUGUGUGUUCGGAGGAGAUGUGCAGAAUACAAAGGCUGGUUUUACGAAAAUUCAGGAUUACACAUCAAAACAAGAACCAAUAUUUUGUUUACAAAAUCACAUUUCUCCAAAGGAAGGAGAUGAUAUACAACGGUUGCAUAAAAAUGACAAGACUGGAAAAUUAGGAGAGAACUUGGCAGAAGAGCCUUUGGUUUUUGGUGCAACGUUUAUGGCAAAAAGCAGCACUUCAAAUGAAUUGGAUUCUAAUGACGUCACAAAUAUAACUUUGAAGGAUAAACUUCAGCGAGACAUGUCUUCAAAGGGAGCAGAAUGUGUCUUGGAAAGCCAGAAUGCGUUGAGGUCUUUGAAGCUGCUAGAGAAGAAAUCUUCGUUUAGGAAAGCUGUAGCCUUUAAAGGAAAUCAAACUGAUUCAGAAGUAGAUAGCAGGUUGGAUAAAGAAAAAACUCAUCGUAUGAAAAAGAAAUGCCUUGCAGUAUGUUGUGAUAAGAAAAGAACAGAAGACAACAAAAGGGUGAAACGAUCUGGUCUUGAUUGCCAUCUAGUUUUAGGCCAAAAGAACCUCAGUAACACCAACACGUUAGGAAAAGGACAGAAACAUAAAAACGAGAUAUUAGAAGAACAUAGUUUUCAGAUAUUGUCAAGGAAUAUUUCUGAUGCUGAUGAUGUGAAAUGCGAAUACCACAAUAAUGAUGUUGCAAUGGAGGAUUCUGAAGGCGUGACGUCAUAUAGCACGACUUCUAGAUCACCUGCGGAGGAACUGUUGUCAAACGAGGUAGAAUUGCCAAAUGAAUCGAGGCUGUUUAAAUUCGAGAAGUUUUAUAACACUCGUAUUCCUGUACUUAACCAUGAAAUUACCUUGAGAUAUUCCUUGAAUAAAGUUGUGGAAAGUGAUUUUGAUCAAGGGAUUCCACCCAUCGUAACAAUUGGAGCCUUUGAUCCUAAUCCUCCCAGUGGUUAUUCAUACGCUUUAAUGCCAGUUUUAUUAGAAAAUGAAUUCAUGAGCCAAUUUAAAAAGAAAUAGAUAAAAUAUUGAUAUUUUCUUUCUUGUUUCCUUGUUUGCUUCAAAAAUGACGGUUUGCCUUUUUGGAGCAGUGAUAUUAAUUGUAUUGUAUUGUAUUGUAUUGUAUUGUAUUGUAUUGUAUUAUAUUGUAUUGUAUUGUAUUGUAUUGUUUUGUUUUGUAUUGUAUUGUAUUGUAUUGUAUUGUAUUGUAUUGUAUUGUAUUGUAUCAUAUUGUAUCAUAUUGUAUCAUAUUGUAUCAUAUUGUAUCAUAUUGUAUCAUAUUGUAUCAUAUUGUAUUGUAUUCCUAGUCAUAGCCUUACGUUUGCUACAGUACCCACCAAAAGAACUUGGAACACCGAGACUGCACUUUUAAUAAAUGCAUGUUUCCCUUUAUUAUCUAACUUCAAGUGAAUCAAUCCCCCUUCCCCCUUAAACAAAGGUUGGAAAGAAAGAUAAUUACCAUUUCCGUCCCCAAAUUAAUUUGUCGUUAUUUUCUAGUCAGAAUCCAACAUUGUGGAAGGGAGAGGGACAUUCAGUAAGAAAGAUGACGAGGGUGUUCCAACACUUUUAAGGCAUAUUGUAAACUUUUUCUAAAGAAAACACUUUAAAUUUUGUCUAGCUUCGACAUUCUUAAGUAAUUUUCGUUCUGAGCCUGAAUAGAAACACCCGCCCUCGAAUAGAAAACAAAUGUUUAUGAAAACCAGAUCUUUGUUUUCAGGCCACCUUUUCAAUGUGCGUGGAGAUGUUGCUAAAAACUCUGUUUCUUUGAUUUCUAAGAAGAUGUGUCUGAUUAAAUAAUAUUUGUUGUUUUAUGGGUUUCGGCGUUUUUUAACGUCUUAAAAUCUGAAUUAUUAUUCUUUCUGAAUUUCUCUUGUUUUGCAAUAAGUUAAGAAGUGUUUUAUGAGGAUAGAAAAACCUCAAUUUGAUCCAAAUUUUUUUGAACUUUGUAUUCAGAUAAGCAGAAUUGUCAAGAUGGUCAUUCGGUGUAUGUGAUGAACAUCUUUUGUUUUUAGAGGACAAGUUUAAGUAGGCUUUUAAUUAUAGAUAGCUUGCCACUUGUGACAGCUUUUUGUCGCUCAUAUUGUUGGCCAUGCCAGCUAAUUGAUUAGAAAUUUAUCUUCAUUUUACCGGUGCUUUUGAAAUGGGUGCAGCUUAGCUUUAGCUCUAGCCUGUGAUAAUGACUGAGCUUAGUGGCGGGGAAAGUACCAGAGGAAACUUUUAACAACAAACUUGUGGGAAAACUCCCCAUUUAGCCCUAAGGUUUCAUCCCCCCCUGUUGGUCCAUGAUUCCCCAUUAGGAAGUGCUGCUGUGUUUAAAAUUUUCAGAAGCUGUUUAAAAUUAUUCUGCCCUAUGUUAUCCUGUGAAUAUUUUACCAGUUAAUAAUUUGUGGAGCUUCACAUAUCUAUGGUGGUCAAUGGUGCAUACUCACCCUUUCUGUUGAAUCCCAACCAGUAGAAAUUUCUUAGAAGACUCAUUGCCAAACACAUUGGAUAUUCUGUGUUUCUUGUUAAAACAGCCUCAUCCCUUCUAAUUUUUAAACGAAAUAUCCGAUUUUAGAAUUAAGCGUUUCGAAUCAUGUUGCAUUUGCGGGGAUUUGGGGGCAGUU